AUGAUCCACCAUCAGCCCCAACUGCCCAAAGUAUAUUGCCUUCGACGUCUACAUCGCAAAGAGCUCUUAACCAAUGAAUCGCUGAGUGGCUGUUUAACGACAGAUUGUUGGACAUCUCGAAACAAUAUAGCAUUCAUAUCCAUAACAUAUCAUUUUAUUGACACACAAUUUGUUUUAAGAUCUGUAUUGUUGGGAUGCUAUGAGUUUUCUGAAAGCCAUUCAGGUCUUAAUUUAUGUAACACGAUUCAAGAAACUUUAGAUAAAUGGAACAUAGAUAAAAAAAAAAAUUAUUUUAGCAGUCUCAGAUAA